AUGUAUGUGUACGACUCGAAGGCCGGCGAGGGCACCUUCGCCUACAUCGUCGACAGCGGCAUCCGCACCACCCACCGCGACUUUAAGGGUCGCGCAGUGCACGCCUGGACUGGGUUUGAGGGUGACAAGAGUGACACAAGCGGCCACGACACUCACGGCGUCCUGAGCGUCGUCGCUGCCGGCAACGACAAGCAUGACGCGAGGAACUACUUGCCCGCCUCUGCGCCUCACGCCUUCAGCGUCGGCGCCGUCAACAACAAUUGGGAGAUUGUCACCAACUGGCCAAAUGGCGGGGGCUCCAACUUUGGCCCCAUCGUAAAUACCUUCGCCCCGGGCGACAAUAUCAUAUCGGCCAGCAACGCCAAUGACAUGGAUGGCAAGCUCAACUCGGGCACCUCAAUGGCCUGCCCCCACGUGGCCGGCAUGGCCCUGUACGCCAUGUCGGUCGACGACAUCCACGGCCCUGACGCCGUCGCCCAUCAUCUACUCCAGAACGCUGGCCAGGGUGUCGUCCGGGGUCCCCUGCAAGGAGCUCCGAACCUGAUGGCCAACCUGGGCCACUAA